GCUGAUCGUGAUGGCAGAGAGGCUAGCGACUAGUCAGACUUGGGUGGAAGCUCUGGAGAGUGACCUGGAGAACACCAAAGCAAGCAUGAAGACCGAGGUGGAGAACCUGAAGAAGGAACAUGUGGCACAAGAGACAACGCUGACUGCAGUGACUACCAGACUGGCUGCCAGUGAAGCUGAAGUGACUAAUCUGCAGAAGGAUACUGCUGCACAGUCAGCUGAUCUGAAAUCAGUUGCUGAGAGACUGGCAGCCACUGAGACUGACAUGGAGUAUGUGAAGGAAGACACUACAACACAACACACAGACCUGACCACCAUGAAGACUGAAGUGAUGAGCCUGACCAAGGAACAUGAAGCCACUACAUCUGAAUUAUUUGACCUUAAGACUGCACACAAGGAGGAGCUGGAAGCAGUGACGACCAGGCUGGCAGCCACUGAGACUGAAGUGGAGAAUCUGGAGAAAGAGAUCAAAGUAGCACCCAAGGUGGCAUUCUCAGCAGGUCUGACUGACUCAGGGUCCAUAGUGGCUGGAAAUACUGAUUUAAAUCUGGUCUUCACAAAGACCAUCACCAAUGUUGGACAGGCCUACAGCAGCACAACAGGCUUCUUCACAGCUCCAGUUAGGGGGGUCUACUACUUCAGGUUCACUGUUAUGGAUCUGAUGGCCUCACACUACAUGAAUAUCAGGAUGCGUAAGAACGGGCACGAGCUAAUGGUGCUUUAUGAGUAUGACACUGAUGGAAAGAACACUUAUCUGUCUAGUGGUCUGACUCUGCAGCUGGAGGAGGGAGAUGUAAUGAACCUGGCAAUCCAAGCAGGCUACAGCCUCUAUGAUAAUGGUGAUAAUCACAGCACCUUCAGUGGUUUCCUGAUAUUCCCUCUCUGA